AUGUCGACACUGAUGCCCACCGAACAACCCACCUCUCUUACCUCUGAGCCAGUCCGUACAGCUACAAUGGGCCCUGCAGACGAGCUCCUCGACCCACAGAGACGCGAGCUUAUCGUGCAGCUAUUGCACGCUAUUGGAGAAACUAAACUGAAUUCGAUCGAAUGGGCUUGUCUGUGGUUUGCCGACCUCGUGAGCAUAAGGAGGAUGAUGAAACAAUGUGAACAAGAUGAAUUCAGCUGCAGUACGGUAGGACUCAGCCUCAAGAAUAAAUCUUGUACGGAUAUGAUCAAAGCCUGGGCAGUUCGGUCUAAAAACCCAAGGGAUACAGCACAGUUCCACUACGAUUUGGAGGAGUGCUUCCACGACACUGCAGAAACGGGGAUCGAAGAAACCUCAACUAAGAAACGCCGGCGUACUGCUGCUUCAGGAAAGCCUUCCAAAACCCUUCGACGGAUUGCCAGGGAAGAGGCUGGGCGUCCGUUGGCCACGACAUCCUCUGCGACGACAAGACCUGAAACGGGGUCCACUUCUUUGUCGCCGAAGAAGUGGACUGGCCGUGAGGCAGCCGCAAAGAAACUGUGUAAUGAACGGGAUAACAGUACUUGUGUUCUGACCGGGUUUCUCGAACCGCUAGAAGUUGCACAUAUAUACCCAUACAGCAUCGGCCAGAAGGGGGAAAAUGAGCUUCAAGACUUCUGGCGUGUUUUGACAUUUUUCUGGAUCCCAGAAAAGGUCCGUAGCUGGAGCGAACACGUCUUAGGUCCAGAUGGGACAGAGACCUGUUCGAACAUGAUGUGCAUGGUCAACGUUGCCCACAAGCUGUGGGAAAAAGCACGCUUUGCCUUGAAGCCUCUGUCCUUAAGCGAGGAUCAGAGAGUUCUUACAGUGCAAUUCUUCUGGCUACCGACAAAUCUAUACUUUCGUGGGAUCCCAGCAAUCGAAACUCCCAGUCCUUUCCCCCGCGACUUCUCCUCCAGUACCGUGAACGGUGAACACAGUGCGAAGCUGUAUAAUAUUGCGACGGAUACGAAGCUUUGCUCUGGGGAUAUAAUCACCUUCGAAACUGAUAACCCAGUCAGCCACCCCCUUCCAUCGGUGGAGUUGCUAGAAAUGCAGUGGGUCCUGCAUCGAGUGCUUGCCCUGAGUGGUGCUGCCGACGCGACCGACGAAGACCUUGAUCCCGAUUCAGAGAUGUAUUUUGGGCUUACCUCGGUUGGGUUACAUGAUGAGGAUACUGAGUGGGAUACCGAGCAAGAAGUGGAAGAAGAAGGGGGAGGCUGA